CCCUGGACCAGAGAGCCUUGUUGUGCCUCCUCCUUUGACCCCAUCCCCGGAUGUCCCCUGUAGGGUCGCUUUUAAGAAAGUAAGUGCUGGAGUGCCCUGGCUGGGAGGCUAGACUCCUGGGGUCCCCUUUGGACCUUAAGCGUCUGUGCGGAGGAGGAGCCUGGGGUCGGUCACGUGGUUAAGUUAUGGGGCAGGUGCCAGGUGCUGACCCUGAGCCCACCGCUGUCGUGUAGGGGAAGGGUGAGUGCUGGGAGAGGAUGUCUUAAGUUUCAAGGCUGGUGGAUAAGUGCAGGUAAUUAAUGAAUGCCCACUUCCUAAAGGACUCUGAGACCCCUGCCUGGGACACAUACUGGUAGUUCCAACUCUGUGGGGCUGUUGGGAGAUUGGAGAGAGAUGGUGUGAGGAGAAUGCCUGGGAUAGAGUUCAGGACAUGGUGGCAAGGUGAUGGGAAGGAUGAAGAGUAAUGAAAUGCAGAAAAACAAAGGGAAGGAAAAUAAGCUGUCCCCCAGAAUACAGUCAAUACGUGGAAAAUGUGUAUUGAUGCCUUGUCAGCUCCCCACAUGUUUGAAACAGUCUUCCUUUGGAAGGAAGAAGAAACACCAGAAUUAGAUCUGACUGCUUGUAACAGAACAGCCCAAAUAACAGUGGUUUUGAACAAGGUUGCUUGUGUUUCUCUGUCAUGCUGAAAAAAUUUGGAGGGAGGUAAUAGAGGGCUGGCACGGAGGCCCCACAGUCAGCAGGGACUAGGCUCCAUCUGUCUCAGCAGGGGCUCUCAGGAUCCAUCUGUCUCACUGGCUUCCAUUCUUGAGGUUACCUUAAGGUCCAAAAUGGUUGCUGGAGCUCCAGCCAGCACACACAGGAAAUAGAAAGAAGUAAGGGCAGGAAAAACCCACCUCAAAUCAAGGUUUUGUGAAUAAGGAAGAAUGGAUACAGGGCUGGCAUCUGGCAGUCUCCCCUACCCAGCCCCCUAGAGAUAUAUGCCCGCCUCUGUCACCCACGAGGACAAGCAGCCCAGAGUGGGCUUGUGGCUGCUGGCUCCAGGCCACCGUACCCCAGACCACAGGCCACCCCUGGUCUUUCUGGUCCAUCUCUCAAGGGUGCCAGGAGAAUGGGUAGAGCUGAUGACAUGAAACCCCAUGAGCCUGGCAACAGGGCAUGUGGAAGAGGUAUUUUAUCUCCUGUCCCCUUAAAUCUCCCCAGCAACCUUCAGGCUGGUAGGACAGAAGGAGAGAAACUUAGCACCUUGUCAUAGGCUCACACACUGUGUGGUCACUGCACACACAUGCUGCGGCAAGCACAGGUCUCAUGGAUCCACAGGCAUCAGCAUAAGCAUGCAGUAUGCACAGCCACGCCAUGCGACCACCUAUAGCGGCCUGUGAAGCACAAGCUGCGUGCACUCAGGAGGUGAUGAAAGCGUCGGACGGCAGUCUCCUGGGCGACCCCAGGCGCACACCGCUGAGCAAGAAGGAGGGUGUCAAGUGGCAGAGGCCGAGGCUGACCCGCCAGGCUCUGAUGCGAUGCUGCCUGGUCAAGUGGAUCCUGUCCAGCGCGGCCCCGCAGGGCUCAGACAGCAGCGACAGUGAGCUGGAGCUGUCUGCCGUGCGCCACCAGCCUGAGGGGCUGGACCAGCUGCAGGCCCAGACCAAGUUCACCAAGAAGGAGCUGCAGUCCCUCUACAGGGGCUUCAAGAAUGAGUGCCCCACGGGCCUGGUGGAUGAAGACACGUUCAAACUCAUUUACUCACAGUUCUUCCCUCAGGGAGAUGCCACCACCUACGCACACUUCCUGUUCAAUGCCUUCGACGCUGACGGGAAUGGGGCCAUCCGCUUUGAGGACUUUGUGAUCGGUCUCUCCAUCCUCCUGCGAGGAACAGUCCAUGAGAAACUCAAGUGGGCCUUUAACCUCUACGACAUUAACAAGGAUGGCUACAUCACCAAAGAGGAGAUGCUGGCCAUCAUGAAGUCCAUCUAUGACAUGAUGGGCCGCCACACCUACCCCAUCCUGCGGGAGGACGCGCCCCUGGAGCACGUGGAGAGGUUCUUCCAGAAAAUGGACCGGAAUCAGGAUGGGGUGGUGACCAUUGACGAGUUCCUGGAGACGUGUCAGAAGGACGAGAACAUCAUGAGCUCCAUGCAGCUGUUCGAGAAUGUCAUCUAGGACGCGUGGGGUGGGGGCAGGCAGGCCCUGAGUGGCUGUGGCCUCCUCUGCCCCACAGAAACCUCAAUCCUGCCAGGAGCAGCCUCCAUGAGAAACUUUUUUUCUAAUAUAUUUGCAAAAAGUGAAUAUUUUGCUCCAGACAACCCCACCCCACACAGACACAGACAGACACACACACACAGACACACACACACAGACACACACACACACACCUCCUUCCUCUGGGCUGGCAGAUGGCAGGGCAGAGGUUAGGGAGGGGCCGAGUCUGGCUGGGAGCUGGGUCCGGGUGAUGAGAGCCACACAGCCCCUGGCCACCCUGGGCCAGCCUCUGGGAGCUGCUCUGGACUUUUUUAGGGCCGCACAUGCUGCAUAUGGAAGUUCCUGGGCUAGGGGUCAAAUUGGAGCUGCAGCUGCUGGCCAGUGCCACAGCCACAGCCACAGCAGAUCCGAACUGCUUCUGUGACCUGCACUACAGCUCACAGCAAUGCUGGAUCCUUAACCCACUGAGCAAGGCCAGGGAUCGAACCUUCGUCCUCAUGGAUGCUAGUCAGGUUUGCUGGCACUCCCUGCCCUCUGACUACACUUCCAGAAUAGCCCUCAGCGCAGGACCCCAGAUGGACAGCUGGGGGUCAAGGGAAUUUGGCCCAGGGAGGAGGUGACUGGACAGAGUCUGCUUUCCUGGAAAUGCUUCCCUGGGUCCCAGGACAUCUGCCAGGCCACACAGCUGUGUGUGCCGGUGGGGAGCGGCCAGCGGGCUCUGUCCUCCUUCAUCCCAGGAAAGGGGCUUUCAAGCUGGGGUUGGGUUUUUUGAUGGAGAAUCUGAGGGGAACUCUGCUGACUCCACUGGGGGUGGGAAGAAGCCUUCCUUUGCCCAGGCUGGCUCCGUGGGGAUGCAUGCUUACACCGCCGGGGCCCCCAGGUCACUGUCAGUCCUGAGAAGGGGUCACCCGGCUCAGGGCUGGCAGCCAGGGAGUGUGGGGGGAAGGGAGGCAGAGCAGCCUGGGAAGGGGCUCCUCCAUCUGUCUUUCCUGUUGGCCCCUGUCACCCUCGGCCCAGCAGCUUGAAUGAGCCCCCUCCCCCCUUCCUGGUUGGGGUCCGGAAGCCGUGUGGCCGCCCCUCCACACAGGCUCACCUCAACCCCAUACAAAAAGCACAAGGGCCCUAGCAGCUCAGGCUGCAGCCCACGAGCGGACACUCUGCUCUUCAAGGCAAGGCCAUCCUGGUGGGCUGAGGCCUGCGUCCCACCAGCCCAGAUCAGGUGGCCCCAGGGUUCCUUGGGGGGUCAGUUCUGUGCCUCAGAGCAGUGGGGGACCCGAAGCCCACCGCCCACCCAGCCCAGCCCAGCCACCUUCAAAAGCACAAACCCUGGGGAUUCUGCUUGGCUGGAUUCUGCUCUUGAGGGCGAAGGCCAGUGUCAGUCUGAAGCUAGCGCCAGUGGGGGUCGAGGGGCUGUGGUCAGGUGGCAGGUCAACAGAAAUUUCCAAGACAGAGAGGCUGCUCCCACCUGGCCAGGUCGCCCCGGGAAGGAACCCAGUCUCAGGCCACAGGGGCCCUUCCCAGGAACAUUCCCAAAGCAAACAUUCCAUCGGCCGCUGCCCCAUCUCUGCUCAGUGAGCAGGGCCCUCAGAGGAGGAAGAGCGGGGCAGCGGAGGCCGUGGAGACUGGCCUGGCUCAGCCUUGGGGACCCCUUGGCACCCCCCUACGGGUGGUCCUCCCCCUUGGAGUGGCACCAACACCCAUCUCCAGUCUGACUGGGGGCUCCCUCUCCCCCCACUCCAGGAGGGCAUCAGCUUUCCCAGGCUCAGGGAAUCUUUUCCCACAUCCCUGCCCCCCACCCCCAGCCCAGCCCUCCCAGCUGGUGUGGCUUUGAUUCUAAGAGGCCAAGGCCACAUGAGAGGGUCACCACCAUGCCCUGCCCACCCCCUGACCUUGGGCCAGACUGGCUGCAGGUCCAGCAGAAAAGGCUGGGAUGCAGAGCAGCCUCAUGUCUGUAUGGCAGAAGUGUCUCCCUCGGGCGCGGCCUGUGGGGGUGGUUCCUGUUCUCAGCACCCACCAAUAUUCAGUCCUGUAUAUUUUAAUAAAAUAAACUUGACAAAGGAGAGGG